AGAGCGCGGUGUCCCGCGCGCGCCAUUUCUUUCCCUCCCAAGCAGUCAAGGAGGAGAAGCGCAGAUCUGAGAGCGAUCAACCGGCCAUGGCGCCGCCCACUCCCCCCGCCUCUGCUGCUUCGCACACUGCCGCCAACAAGCAGGAGAAGACGAACAAGAAGAAGGUCACCCCCGUGCAGGUCGCCUUCCUCGUCGAGCGCUACCUCGCCGACAACGGCUUCCACGCCGCCCUCUCUGCCUUCCGCUCCGAAGCCGCACACCUCUUCAAGCCCCACCACCACAAGCCACCGCCCAAGGGUCUCCUACCCCUAGCCGACAUCCUCCACGACUACAUCGCCCUCAAGGAGGCACGCAUCGCCAUUGACUCCGCAAUGCACGCAAUGCACAGCCUCGUCUCCACCUACUACUCAUCCUCUUCCCCUUAUACUCCUCCUAUGCUUGUGCCUCCUCUGCCUGCUCGUGCUGGCCAGCCCUCCUCUCCCCCGCUCGUCCCGCCGCUCUUCGUCGCUCCCCCCACCGCCUCAUCUUCGUCGCCCCCUCCUCAAGGCACCGCUGGAUACGCUUCACCCGUCGUGCAUCACUACGCUCAUACAUCCACUGCAGUUGUUGUCCACAACUCAUCAGAUAUGUCCACCCCAGCUCCCACCUCUUUGCCCACUAAAAAGAGGAAGGCUACAAGGUAUGCAGGAAAGACUACAUCAUCCUCCAAGAAAUCUUGCACUGCACCAGCUACAAGCUCGCAGCCAAAAGGUAAAACUGUAGCUGUAGCUGUAGCCUCUCAAAUGUCAGUUGAUAACCCGGAGCAGAACGCUGCUCAACCAAGUUCAGCUGAACAUUCAGUUAUGGCAAAGCUUCCUAUCCACACUUCAUCUGUUGCGAAAAGCUUAUUCAGGCCACUCCAAUCUCAAGUCCAUUCUUCUCCUUGCACACUGCAACAAUUCCAUCCUGUAGAAGAUCAGCCCGCAGCUUAUAGAACUGAAAGGCCAUCAUCUGUGGUUGCAAAUGCUCAUUCCCAAGCCCAACAGGACAUUGCUUCCUCCCAAUGCUCUAUAAUUUCUUCCAAGACUCUUAUUAUCAGUCCUCUCAAAGGGGGCGCCUACUAUGCUGUUGAGAGGAGUUACAAUGUCAGCUCCCCCUUGAAAUCAACCACCCACAAGUCAUCCAAAAGGGAACAUGUCAAAGGCAAGUUGAAUUUUGAUAGUACUGAUGCAAGGCCAGGUCCAACUGAGCAGAUUUGUGAGAAGGCCUCUACUUCCUCUGAUGGAGACAAGCAAGAUGACUUUGAAAUUGAUUUCACAAAUCUCGACAUAUUUGAUGGUGAAUUUUCGUUUUCUGAGCUUCUACUUGACUUUGAUCUUGACACUGAAGGUGUUCAUUGCCAGAACCCUUCCACAUGUGCUGAAGUUCAAAGACUGGAGCCUGUUGCAAAGAGUGGUUAUGUGACAGGAGAUCCAGAUUUACCCGAUUCAAUGAAGCCGAUGGCAGCAGAUCCCACUGAAGAUAUCAAUUCACAAGGAGCCACAUCUGUUACUUCUGUCCGUGCUAUAACUAAGAGGAUAAAGAUUGUCAGCCCUGUGAAGGGCCGCACAGCUUCUCAGAGCAGCAGAUAGAAUUUCGCAUCUAACUGACAUAAUCUAGAUGGCCUGAUAAUUCAUUACAGUAUGUUAAUGUAAUGACCAAUUGUACAGCAUUGAGGGCAUUUUCAGCACCAAGAGGAUGCACUGCUUCCUGUAGCAUGCUUGUAGUUUUUUUAUGGCAUUGGUUAGCAUUUUAUUUUCAUGUAAAUGCUAAUAUUGCAUUACUGAUUCUGAGAUGAAUAGUUGGUUUCUAUCAGAAGUUUGCUAUUCAGAUCGUGUUUUUCUAUGCUUUGUUUAUCAAAUAGCUGUUGGACCCACGCUAAUUUGGAGGUAUGGUACUUCGUUAACUUAUUUUGUAAGUGUUGUAUCCAUAUAAUUCACAAUAUACAAUUAUGUACCAUUGGAUUGAAUGUCUUAACUCAUUCCUUAUGCAGAAUAGAGGUACAAAGAUGCAGGAUGGACAGCAUCCAGCAUGUGAGAUUCAUCGACCCAUAUCAUGUAAAUCUGACAAUGAUCAAAUCCGAUUAAAAAAACCCCCGAGGAUUAUGCAUUGAAGUGUAUUCUGGAACUAC